UGGAACUAAAGAUAAAAGCGGUGUCAAGAUGUUGCUCGAAACUUUUGCUGUUAUAUCCGUCGUCAUCGCCGUUUUGUAUGUUUUGUCCUUUUUCCUAUCACCAAAGAAGAUACAGCUAACAGGAGGUCAUGUUUUGAUAACUGGAGGUUCCAGUGGAAUAGGAAAGGCUGUGGCCAUAGAGGCAGCCAAACAGGGAGCCAAUAUCACUUUGCUGGCUCGGAAUCCGACCAAGCUUGCUGAGGCUAAGGCUGAGGUAGAGCGGCAUCUCUUAGACAUAACCAAGCAGACAGUCCUGUGUAUUCCUGUGGACGUUUCCAAGGACUAUCCAGCUGUUGACAAUGCAGUUCAGGAGGCACAGGAUAAAUUGGGUCCUAUAGACAUGCUAGUGAAUUCGGCUGGAAUAAGUAUCAGUGCCAAGUUUGAAGACAUUCCAAUAGAAGAUUUCAAGCGCUUGAUGGACGUCAACUACCUCGGUAGUGUCUAUGCCACAAGAGCUGUGGUGAAGUCCAUGAAGAAACAGAACAGAGGCCGCAUCGUGUUUGUGUCAUCGCAGGCCGGCCAAGUUGGCUUGUUUGGCUUCACAGCUUAUUCUGCGUCCAAGUUUGCCCUGCUGGGCCUGGCAGAGUCUUUACAAAUGGAGGUGAAAGCUUACAAUAUCUACGUGACACUCUCAUUCCCACCCGACACAGACACCCCUGGCCUUGCAAUGGAGAAUAAGAGCAAGCCACGUGAAACUCGACUGAUCUCAGAGACAGCUGGACUGGUCCAACCAGAAGUGGUCGCCAAGGCGAUGGUAGAGGACUCGAAGAGUGGUAAAUUUUUCUCCUACGUUGGGCUUGAUGGUUACCUAGUCGCCAUGCUAACAGCCGGGAUGUCCCCCGUACAUUCCAUUAUGGAAGGGCUACAACAGGUGAUGCUGAUGAGUAUCUUCCGUCUCGUGUCCUUCUUCUACUUGGACAGCUUCGAUCGAAUCGUGAAAAAAUGUAAAAUCGAGGACGAAAAGAAUAAGUGAUGAGACCAAGUGGAUGAAUGGAAUAAAAUAACCAGGUGAAGAAGCAUGAAGCAAUUCCGUCCUGCACUGAUAUUCAGCUGAUGAGUUAAUAGAUUUAUCGGGCUCUGUUCUUAUGUAUUUCAUUCCAAUUGCUUGCAUUUAUUGGUUAGAAUCGGUAGUGCUUCUUCCAGGAUUUGAAAUGGUGGGGUAUAUGCUUCACAUGAGGAAAAGCCAAAGGGCAUGGAGCAGUUUUGGCUGAAAAUGUUAUAAAAUUGUGCGGCAAAGUCAAAUUGGUAAAAUGUACGACACAGGUACGGUGGAACCUCCCUUAGCGGACACCUCUCUAUCAAGGACAACCUCUCUAUUAAGGUCACUAGUUUUGGUCCCAAACUGGUACUUUCCAUUCAAUUUGACCUCUCUAAUCAGGACACCUCUCUAUAAAGGACAGCAUUUGGCAGUCCUGAUGGUGUCUUUAAUAGAGAGGUUCUACUGUACUUUAUAUACUUAAUAUGACAUUAACAUUGUGCCAUGUCAACACACUUGUUUGAUGGAAUUCAAAGGAUUAAUAUCAGGAAUAAUGGAUUCGUGUAUAACAGUAUUUUCUAUUCUCAAAAAUGAAUUGCAGAUUGUAAA